AGGGUGGCAUGGAUCAGGGCGCUGAGACAGGUUUCGGGCUUGGGACUGCGCAGCCGCGAUCCGCGCAUGCCUGAAAACGCGACGGAAUUAAGUUACGUGCGCGGCAACGCCUGGGCCGCCAUACUUGGGUGACGGCAGCUCGCAGAGGACAAACUCCCACGCGCUUUUCCCGUGUCUCUUCUUUCCUCAGAGUGAGGCAAGACCUAAGAGGAGCUAAAACUAGGUCCAAGGUAGAGAGCGGCUCCGGUUAGAAUGAAGAAAAUAACAAGGUUAUCUCCGGAGGGUGGCGGUUGAGGACCUCACACGCGAGCGGGGUGGUGGCCGAAGACGCUGAGGGACGAGUGCAUUCUCCCUGAAGUUCAGUUGGGCGAUGCCAACUUAAGGGUCUGAGAGGGGUGGCAAGGAACUGAGAUUCACUCCGCGGAGGCUGGGCGAGUGUGGAAACCCGAAGGGAGCGGACAGUCGCCGAAGGCCCCACUUCCUUUCCCCAGCCCGUCCCUCUCCGGCCAUGAGCGGUGUAGUGCGCACCGAGCCGCUGCGCGGGGAGCCUCCGCUGCGGGUGCCCGGCGACGCCUUUUCUGUGGUGGUUCUGCUGCAGGGCUACGCGGAGCCCGAGGGGGUCGGCGACGCCGUGCGCGCCGACGGCUCCGUGACCCUUGUUCUGCCCCAGGCCUGGGGCCCGGCCUCCGGCCACCGAGAGCCCCCGCCCGAGGGCUACGAGGCGAAGACCGCCCUGGAGGAGGCGGCCCGUGGCCCCAUCCUCGUGGACACCGCGGGGCCCUGGGCUCGAGAGGCACUCUUGGGGGCCCUGGCGGGGCAGGGCGUGGCCCCGGGAGAUGUGACUCUGGUGGUGGGGACCCACGGACACUCGGACCACAUCGGGAACCUGGGGCUGUUUCCCGCGGCGGCCCUGCUGGUCUCGCACGACUUUUGCCUCCCCGGGGGCCGCUACCUCCCCCACGGGCUGGCUGAGGAGCAGCCUCUGCGGUUGGGGCCGGGACUCGAGGUGUGGGCCACGCCCGGCCAUGGUGGCCAGCGGGACGUGAGCGUGGUGGUGGCUGGCACGGCCCUGGGUACCGUCAUGGUAGUGGGCGAUGUGUUUGAACGUGAUGGGGACGAGGACUCGUGGCAGGCGCUGAGUGAAGAUCCGGUGUCCCAGGAGCACAGCCGGAAGAGGGUCCUAGCCACUGCCGACGUGGUCGUGCCUGGUCACGGAGCCCCCUUUAGGGUGAUCAGGGAAGCCUCGGCGCCAGAGACAGAGGGUCUGGGGAACAGCCGGCCAGAUCUCGUGAUCGGAGACAAGGAGCCCACGGUGCACCGAUAAACCCCAGUCUUGACUGAAUGCCUUUCAGGGACCCCAGCCCCCCACCCCCAGACAAGAAACUGACGUCCAGGACACGAGAGGAUGUGUCAGAGAGGAGUCAUGGGUUGUCACUUCCAGCCCUCGCAGGAGGCCAGUUUUCCAGCGAGGACAGAGUACUUUUGCCACAGCUGUCACCAGUAUCACUAGGACCAAGGACUGGCACAGCUGUGUGACACCUCUCGGGCUUCAUUAGUAAAAUGGCAGAAU